ACCGGUAAAUAGGAGGCGACGAGUACGAUAAUCUGGUAACGUUGCCUGACACUUGCCUCGACGCCCCUCCACUUAUCGUGUUUGCAGCCAUGAUGGACGGAAUGGAGGAAGUGCUGCACAGUGAGACCAACGGCACCAAGAGCGGGAGGUCUGACACUGUUGACCUGAAUGACAGCUCUCUGCAGGUGGACAUCUCAGAUGCCUUGAGUGAGAGGGAAAAAGUCAAGUUCACCGUCCAUACCAAAACCACCCUGCCAGACUACAACAAGCCAGAGUUCUCCGUGGUGCGGCAACAUGAGGAGUUCAUCUGGCUGCAUGACCGCUUUGAUGAGAAUGAAGAUUAUGCCGGCUUCAUUAUUCCUCCCCCACCACCUCGACCAGACUUUGAUGCCUCUCGGGAGAAGCUUCAGAAACUUGGGGAGGGUGAGGGCAGCAUGACCAAAGAGGAGUUCAGCAAAAUGAAGCAGGAACUGGAAGCGGAAUACUUGGCAACCUUCAAGAAGACAGUAGCAAUGCAUGAGGUGUUCCUCACCAGAUUAGCUCAACACGUUGUGUUCAGAAAUGAUCACAAUUUCAAAGUGUUCCUAGAAUAUGAACAAGAUCUGUCAGUCAGAACGAAAAACAAGAAAGAAAAGGUUGAGGGUCUGUUUAAGAGUUUCAAUAAGUCAACGGAUGAGAUUCUUUUGGCGGCAACACAAAAGGAUGUUGACGACUACUUUGAGCGUGAGAAAACCUUCCUUCUGGAGUACCACACGGCCAUCAAGGACACCACCCUCAAGGCAGACAAAAUGACCCAAUCUCACAAAAAUGUUGCUGACUCCUACAUCAAACUUUCUUCUGGCUUCUCUCAGUUGGGGACAAUUGAGGGGCCAAGAUUGGAGAAGUUCAUCAAUAAGGUGGCGGACACGUUUGAAAAGGCUCGGAAGGUGGAAGGAAGGGUGGCCUCAGAUGAAGACCUCAAACUUUCCGACACACUGCGUUACUACGUAAGGGACGGAAGUGCCGCCAAAGACCUCCUCUACCGCCGCCUCAGGUGUCUCGCCAACUAUGAGCAAGCUAAUAAGAACCUGGACCGUGCCCGAGCCAAGAACAAGGAUGUCCAUGCUCCGGUGGACGUUGCUGAUGCUGAGCUUGCCCAGCAGAAUGCUUGUGAGAAGUUUGAACAUAUUUCAAGCAAAGCCAAAGAGGAACUGAAUGAUUUCAAGACACGUCGUGUAGCAGCAUUCAAGAAGAACCUCAUUGAGUUAGCAGAACUGGAACUGAAGCACGCCAAGGCACAAGCUCAACUUCUGAAGAGCUGUCUACAGAGCCUACCAGAAGAGUGACACAACCUUCAGUUCAAGGAGCAAGAAGAGGAGUCCAAUUCAGCCUCAGAGAAGAAAAUGCUUACCUUGUAUCACGUGUCUGGUCUACAAAAUGGUUCUGUUGGUAUGAGUUUAAUUAGUAUCACAUGCAAACACUAAUGAACCAAGGAGUGAGUGAUAAGUAUGCAAGAGGAGUGUUGUCUGCAUGUGAUGGCUGAGAUGGGUGGCACACAACUUGACAGGGGACAUUAUUGCUGUGAUCUCCAUGAUUGCAUGUUCUAAAGGGAAUACUGUGAUUAUCAGUGAUUGUUUUGAAAUGUGAUGCAAAUGGUGCCAAGUGUGUGUGUGUGUGUGUGUGUGUGUAUCUGCGUGUGUGUGUGUGUGUAUUCAUACAUAUGACAUGCCACAUCUACCUUACUAUGCGUGAAUUAGCAGUAAUGCAGAUAUCCUAUGCUGAUCAAGGAUAAAUUUUGGAGGGAUUUCCUUAAAAAAUUAUUCUGACUGGUGUGGAUCUAUGGUUAUAAAAGAGAGUGGGCAUAAUUAAGUCCCUUCCUGAGAGGGUUUGCAUUACAACAGCAUGUAUUGGCUUGAGAGUAUUAGGAAAACAUAAUUGACAGAAGCUCAGCCUUUUGGGGAGGUAGCACGUUGAAGUGUUAAUAUUAUUGCCACGUCUUGGAAACAGUUCUUGAAUAUAUUAUUUCCUGGUGCAUAGCUUGUCAUUUUGUAUAGUUAUUAGUAGGUUUAAUCCAUUCAGAGAUCUGAUGUUGGUCCCUAUAGUGAUUGCUUCUUGCCAGGAGAGCUACAGUGGACUGGAGAGAGAAUACAGAGUCAGGUGUAUUUUCCAGAAAAUUGAAAUGACCUGAGUAUUCUAAAGCAUCACAUAUUUUCUUACGCAGUGUUCCUCAGAGUUAUUGUACAUCUGGUUUGUAUAUAAAUAUAUAAAUAUAUAAAUAUAUAUAUCUUACUAUUCAAGAUAGGAUGUACAACUGUGGUAGGGCUGUUUUGCACGAAUGCCUUAUCAUGCAUCUAUCCUGACACUUACCCUAAGCAAAGGUUUUCAGUCUAUCUAGGACCCUUGAGACAGUUUAAGUUUGUUGUGUUGAGGGAGGCCGUUCACCCAAAGCAAGUUACAAGAUGCCUCCAGUCACGUUUUUCUCUUGAGAGGGGAGUCAAGCCAUUCAUCAUGUCCCGGGUUGCUAAACACCUUCACACAGUAUUACUCCUAAGGCAGUCUGCUAGCCGACCCUCACCUCACAAAACAUCUCCAUUCACAGUGUCAGAGAAUCAACAUUUAUAUCAUAUUUCACGAUUCUAACGUGCUACACACAGAGGAAGGAUCCUUUGCUCAAUUCAUGUUAUUUUCAGAAUUUAUUCAGUCCAUAAUCCUAAUUAUUUGUUGCAUCUAAUAGUUGUAGCUGAAUCUUUUUGAGUUGUCAUAUAUUCUUUCUAUCAGUUGUUGAGUACAUAUAUAUGUAUCAUUUUGAAUUGUAGACGUAUCACUUGAGAAGCGUGAUCAACCGAGUCCUGUGCAAGAUUCACAGUGCGUAAUCUAUAUAUUUUGUUUACAGUAGGAAAUGAAGGGAGAUAGCAGGAUAGAGAGUAGUGAUAUUGAUAAAGAAUGCCAUGGUGAUGCAGAAGAGCAGGAAGAUGGUAAUCAUAUUUUUUGUACUAUCAGUUCUGUGAGCACCACACGACUCAGUUCAUGACAUUUCUCCCGGGGUGGUGCAGCCAGUAACCUUAUUGCUGUUGAUUAUGAAUUUGAAAAUUUUUACUGCAUACUGAAAUCUUUAAAAUUUGUUAAGGUUUUUAUAUGUGAUUUAAGAAAUGUAUGUAUAAAGAAAUUUCGGGAUAUGAAUUAUAGGUAUUGUUAUAUACUUGC